AUGAUCAAUCAGCAUGCAACGCAAUGCAGAAAAGGUGAGGAUGGAUGCAUUGCUGUUGGAGGACAAGUCUUGGAAGCUGAGUUAUGGGGCAUCUAUCUUGGACUGAAAAUUGCUUGGGAUAUGAGUUGCAAUGUAGUUGUGCUUGAGUCUGACUCAGCGAUUGCGGUACACCUGCUUAAUAAAGAUGUGGAAGACUUUCAUUCUCUUGCUACUAUGUUGUGGGGAUGCCAAGACUAUAUAGACAGAAAUUGGAUUUACUUGGAGUAUGUAGGCCUCGAGCCAUUGUUUAAUUUCUCUGUUGGGUCUGGGCGUUAG